GUGGACAUACGUUUGCAAAAUGGAUUUGCUCCUGGCAUGAAGCUGGAGGUAGCUGUGAAAAAAGAUCCUGAAACUUACUGGGUUGCCACCAUCAUUACUGCCUGUGAGCAGUUGCUCCUACUCCGUUAUGAAGGCUAUGGGGAAGACCGGAAAGCAGACUUCUGGUGUGAUAUUAGAAAAGCUGGCCUCUAUCCCAUUGGCUGGUGUGAGCAGAAUAAGAAGACCCUUGAAGCUCCAGAAGGCAUCAGAGAUAAGGUGUCUGAUUGGGGUGCGUUUCUACAGCAGUCCCUGAGGGGAGCCUGUGGUCCUCCUGUGUCUCUGCUAGAAGGCCUCCGUAAUGGAAGGAAUCCUUUAGAUCUUAUUGCUCCUGGAUCCAGACUAGAAUGCCAGGCUUUUCGGGACUCUCUAAGCACUUGGAUUGUUACUGUUGUGGAGAACAUUGGGGGACGGCUGAAGCUGCGUUAUGAAGGACUUGAAAGUUCUGAUGGUUUUGACCACUGGUUGUAUUACUUAGAUCCAUUUCUUCAUCACAUUGGUUGGGCUGCUCAGCAAGGAUAUGAACUUCAGCCCCCAUUAGCCAUGAGGCAUCUGAAAGAUGAAGCUGACUGGCAAGAUAUUCUGGCCAGAGUAAAAGAGGAGGAAGAAGAGCCAUUACCCUCUUACUUAUUUAAGGAUAAACAGCUUAUUGGAACCCAUGAAUUUUCUGUAAAUAUGAAAUUGGAAGCUGUGGACCCAUGGUCUCCUUUUGGGAUUUCUCCUGCUACAAUUGCUAAGGUUUUUGAUGAUAAGUACUUUCUGGUAGAAAUGGAUGACCUUCGACCAGAAGACCAUACAAGACGAUCAUUUGUAUGCCAUGCUAACAGUCCUGGCAUUUUUCCUGUGCAGUGGAGUCUAAAGAAUGGUUUACACAUCAACCCUCCUCCAGGUUUCCGAAGCCAAGAUUUUGACUGGGCUGACUACCUCAAACAGUGUGGUGCUGAAGCUGCUCCCCAGAAGUGCUUCCCUCCGUCAAUUUCUGAGCACCAGUUUAAGAAGAACAUGAAACUGGAGGCAGUGAACCCUCUUCUUCCUGAAGAAGUGUGCAUUGCCACCAUUACUGCAGUGAGAGGUUCCUACCUGUGGCUCCAGCUAGAAGGUUCUAAGAAACCUAUACCCGAAUUUAUUGUAAGUGUGGAAUCAAUGGAUAUAUUUCCUUUGGGCUGGUGUGAAACCAACGGCCAUCCUCUCAGUACUCCUCGCCGGGCAAGAGUGCAUAAACAGAGAAAAAUCGCAGUGGUCCAACCAGAAAAACAAAUAUUGUCUUCAAGAACUGUCCAUGGGGGCCUGAAGAAUCAGCUGAACUCCACACACUCAGUGAUGACCAAUGGAAAAUAUUGUUGUCCAAAGAUAUAUUUCAACCACCGUUGCUUCUCAGGGCCGUAUCUUAACAAGGGAAGAAUUGCUGAGCUGCCUCAAUGUGUAGGACCUGGGAACUGUGUUCUGGUACUUAGAGAGGUCCUCACUUUACUCAUCAAUGCAGCCUACAAACCCAGCCGUGUCCUUCGUGAGCUCCAGCUGGACAAGGAUUCUGUGUGGCAUGGAUGUGGAGAAGUCCUAAAGGCCAAAUAUAAAGGAAAGAGUUACCGAGCUACUGUUGAGAUAGUGAAAACAGCAGAUCGAGUGACUGAAUUCUGCCGGCAAACAUGUAUCAAACUAGAAUGUUGUCCUAACCUCUUUGGUCCACGGAUGGUUCUGGAUACAUGUUCUGAGAAUUGCUCUGUUCUUACAAAGACUAAAUACACACAUUAUUAUGGAAAGAAGAAAAAUAAAAGAAUUGGGAGGCCACCUGGUGGUCAUAGUAAUUUAUCUUGUGCCCUGAAAAAAGCCAGUAAGAAGAGAAAAAGGCGGAAAAAUAUUUUUGUUCAUAAGAAGAAACGCGCUUCUGCAUCUGUUGAUAAUACCCCAGCGGGCUCACCCCAGGGAAGUGGGGGUGAAGAUGAGGAAGAUGCAGAUGAUGGAGAUGAUGAUUCCUUAAGUGAGGGCAGUACAUCUGAGCAACAGGACGAGUUACAGGAAGAAUCUGAAGUGCCAGAAAAAAAGUCAUGCUCCUCUUCUCCCAUCCAGACUGAGAUCUCAGCCCCAUUACCCCCAGACACACAGACGAGUAAAAAAGAACCCCGCACUGUUUCAUUCUCAGAUGAGGAAAAUAAGCCUCCUUCACCAAAGGAAAUAAGGAUUGAAGUUGAUGAAAGGCUUCACCUGGACAGUAACCCACUGAAGUGGAGUGUGGCGGAUGUUGUGCGGUUCAUCAGAUCCACUGACUGUGCUCCACUGGCAAGAAUAUUCCUUGACCAGGAAAUCGAUGGGCAGGCCCUUUUGCUCCUUACCCUUCCCACUGUUCAAGAGUGCAUGGACUUAAAGUUGGGCCCUGCUAUCAAGCUUUGCCAUCACAUAGAGAGGAUCAAGUUUGCUUUUUAUGAGCAGUUUGCCAACUGAGAAGGACAAGCAGAGUGAGCUGGGUCUUUGAAGCACAGUGCAGCAAACCCUUUGCCCUGCUCUACAAGUGGUUGCUGUGGUCCUGGGGGCUGUCAGCCUUGCAAAUGUUGGCUUGCUUUCUUUGCACUUUCAGGAAGGAGGACCCAUACUGAGGAAGCAAAAACAGCACAAAAAUGGCUCUCCUACAGUGAAAUACGGACUUCUAUUCAGGAGAUUUCAGUUUAAAAAAAAAAAAAGUUGUGAGGAGAAAAACCUUAAAAAUCUGAAUUCCUGUUAAUGGGAAAACAAAGAAUGAUCUGGACAGCUGGACAACACCAAUUUGGUUAUUUUCAUUCUGUUCCUUCCCACUGUAGAUUGAACUUUGUUCUCUGCUUUCUCUUUCUUGAAAAGAGAGGACACAGCUUUAAGUCAGCACUGAUUUGGGACUGUGCCUAAAGCACAUCAGUGCUUCAUUGUCAUUGUGUUUUUAAGCUUUUUUUUUUUUUUUUUAAAUUAAAGCAGUUCAUUUUGGGGAUAAUUAUGUGGCUCUAGGGUUUUGAAUGUAUAGUCACACUUGAUCCAUUUUAAAAAUCUAUUCUUAGGAGUUUCUUUGUUUACUACCUCUGUUGAUGACUGCGCUUAUAGCCAUGAGUGACAUUUUUGUAUGAUGCCAUUUUUAAACUGAAUGCUAAAACUAUGACAGAUGUUAGAGAAGGCCCUGCCUGCUUUCUUAAAGAUAUCAUGUUGGCACUUACACCAGUCCCUUAACAAAUUUGUCCUAAGAAUUCUACUGUUUGUCCUUCAUCUUGACCCAGUUUUGGCCACCUUUUUAAAGUGGCCUCACAAAGACCAAUGUAUGGUAUUUCAGUUUAAUUACUCUCUAUUUGUUUCGAAACAUACAUGAUUGGCUUUUGUUUUAUGUUUAUUUUUCUCUAGAGUUGUUUGACUACCUCUGUUUCAUUUCUGGAGUCUCUACUCUCAGUGAAAAUCAGUAUGUGUUCUUUGGGUCCACUGUGAAGCCCAUUUUCCCAGUUUUCUAGAUGUGUCCGGGUAGAAGCACAGCAGAGAAAAUGUGGCUUUGGGGAUGGCACAAAGUGUGGAGUUUCGUAGUAGUGUCCUUGGUGAUAAGUAUUGAGAAGUAGCUGUGGAGAUUAUGACCAUGCCACCCCAAAUGUCCCAGAUCUUGUCUCAUCUGGAAAGCCAGUCAGAGCUGGUUGGUACUUCGAUGAGAGAGGUAGUUGAGAGGUGGUUAAGGAGUCUGGAAACCUUUGUCUAGCCAUGUUUAUGCCUGUCUUCAGUUAAACCAAUUUAAAUUGAAUGUAAUUUACAGUCUGAAGAUUCCCAUUCAGUAGCUUAUUCUUUUGAUUUUUUUUCCAAUUAAACUCAAGUUGACAUGAAACUCCAGGUGAAUUUUCACUUACAAUGACAUUGUUAGCUAUUAUAGAAAAAUAGCACUUGCUAUAUUGUAGCCAUGGGUAAGGAAAGACAUCCAUACACAGGUUGCCUCCUUUAAAUGUUUUCCUUGUUGAUUAUUUAUUUAUUUAUUUUAGGGUUGCCCUAAUCCCUACAGAUUUAUACCCUAAGCAUUUUUUCUCAAGAAUUGAAAAUGUUUUAAAACUGCAAACUGAGUACAUUCUUAACAAUUAUACAAAUAUAAGGUAAUAUUAUUACAAAUUUAAAUUGUGAUUUUUUUUUUCUUUUCUCACCUCAACCUCCACUUGUUUUUAUGGACACUUGGAAAGUCUGUAGUCUGGAUCCUGUUCUUCAUUGGAUAACUCUUGAACCUCUUUAACUCAAGCCCUCCAACCAAGUCGUAAAACAGCAACUCUUUGAGUAGUCACCAGCAGGUGUGUCUGAAAGGAGCUUCAUCUAAGUAACAGCUCAUUAUCUAAGCUUACUUAGAGAUUAGCUUUUAAAAGCUUGAGUGUUUCAUGCCCCUGGGAGAGAAGCAUAUUUGACACUAGGAAACUGCUAGUAUUGACAGGCUCAUUUGGAGUGGCUAUCUUCAUAGAAUUUCCCGAGACCUUGGCAGUCAAGUCACUAAUACAGAAGGGGUCUCAUGAGGACAUAAUACCUAUGCCUGUAGGAUCUCACAUUGUUGGCUUAGUAAAAGGAAGGGUGACAGCAAUGAUUGUGUCAUUAUGUCUCUCUUCUUGACCUCAAAGAUCACAGAAUGUAGAACCUAUCAGAGAUGAUAGGUAUUGGACCUGAAAUUGAAGCACACCUAAGUAGCCCUGAGGUAGGGAAGGUUUGAACACAACAGUCUUGUCUAACUGUACAUAAUUAUUCAGUCUCUCCUUUCUCCUAUAGAAAGGCCAGUCAUAAAUUAGACAAGUGAGGAGGGUGUCCAUAAAAAUUCCUUACACUCUUAUUGGGAGACGGUAUACUCAGUGGUCACAUUAAAGAAGAAUUAUACACCCCCAUCCCUCCUCCCAGGUGUCACACAUAAGAGGAUAAUUGUAUGAGAAUUUUGUAGAGGACUUUAAGUAUAAAAUUCUAAUCCCAAAUUGAGCAUAGUGAAACACACCUCUAAUCCCAGCACUUGGGAAGUGGAAAUGAGGAUCAGAAGUUCAAGAUCAUCCUCAGCUACAUAGUGAAUUCUGGGCUAGCCUGUACUAUAUAAGACCCUGUUUUGUUUUGCUCCUCCCCUCCCAUUUAUCUUAACACAUGCUGGGAUUAGCAUGUGUUAGCAGUGAUGGUGGAAUUAUGAUGAUGAUGAGAUGUUUUAAGCUUAGUAAUAGUUUUCAUUAUUGGGGUAAGAGGUUUAUAUGUUGCACAUCUGUGUAGGUUCUGUUUCUGAGAAAGCCAGCCUCAGAAAUUUAUUAGAGGUAUGUUGUCUGGAGUUCCCCUGCAGUUGUUCUCGAAGCUUGUCUGCAGUCAAGUUUUUGUGACCCAUCUUUAACCUGAGUUGACAAACUUAGAAACACAUGAAUGAACUCUGUUAUCCUUGUAGACAUGAAAAGUUAACUGACUUAAGCUAGACUUUACAGCUAUGUUGGUCUUAUAGGGAAACCUUGACCUGUGCAGAGGGACCCUGAUGUUUUGACUAUAUUUUGUGUAUUUCUUGUGACUGCUAUUUUCCUUUGUUAGCCAUCUUCAUCCUUUUCAAAUAUAGGGAUGCAUUAAUGUAGCCUUUGAAUUCUAUCUUUAGCCUUUCUUUAGUAAUGUACUUGGCUCCCUGUGUUUAUAAUAUGGGUCCAGGAAGGGUACUAGUCAACCUCUGGAAAUGAUGAUCAUGGUACUUAUUUAUUGAAUUAUGAUAGAGUCAGGCAUAGAAAACCACUUCAGACUUUGACCUUUGUAAAUCUUUUCUCCUAGAAGUAAAAUUAUUUUCACUCUGAGGGAAAGGGCAUUGGACCAAAGCUUCCUGAUGACUUGAAGACUUGAGUACAUUUUACAUGCUCUCUAGAACCACUUUAGUUAUUAUUGUGAUGCCUAAAUACACCUUAAGGCAGAUGGGACUCAUAUACACACACCCCUCUCAAGCCAGCAUUGUUUCCAAGAGACACAGAACAUCAGGGAAUGGAUCUAAACAGAAGGUAACAGAAUGCAAAAUCAUUGUAGAAACUAUCACUGAUACUUAUUCUUACUUGGUACAUCUCAUCAAAAACUUACAUCGAAGAGAUUCUUUUCCAGUUUCAUUGAUUGUCACAAGUGCUGGGAGAGUUUUGACUGUGGAAACACACGUUGAGUUUGAAUGUAUCUUACUUCCUGGAUAUACUUCAUGUGUGUGCAAAUUCAUACAAGUCCCUAAGUGAUCUGUUUUAUCAAUAGGACAUAUGUUGAUCUUUUGAAGUGAAGAAGGCAAAUCACUAACAGAAGUGAACUAGAAAACUUGAGCUAACAAGAUACUCCUUUUGUAAAUUUGGAUGUCUCUGGUCUUUGGACCUUUGUAAGUUGCUGUAUCUUGGGGCCAUGGUGUUGGCUUAGAAACUCUGUAAGGACAGAGUCUCCUGUGCAACCAAGAAAUAACAGUCACUUUCCUAGCAUUGGCUUUACCCAUUUUAAAUGUUUUAUUCAUGAAUUUUGAUGAUUUCUUUGUAUAAGAAUGUAUAUACUUGGGGAAUUUGAAUUUAUUCUAAUAAUCUACCUAUUAACCUAGAGUUUUGUCAUAAGAAUUCUAAACCCGAAGUCUAGCCCAAAUGGAUCUGGCUCCAGGUCCACUCACUUGGGGGUUGUUUUCCUCAGUGCUUGUCUUCAGCCACACAGGUAAUUUUGCUCUGGGAGCAGCCUUCAGAAUGAGACAUAAAGGUGUAGUGGGUAUUAAAUUCAGUGCAUAUUGAUUUUCUUGCUGCUGUGUUUAAGAAGUCAAAAUUUCACAAGAACCUGCAAACACGGGAGUGAAAGUUUGUAGGAGAGGUAGUGGAUAGGAAAGUAGGUCUAAAACUCUCUUACAGCGUUUUCUGACUAAUCUGGUAUGGUAUUAUGGCCUACCACAAUGAAGUGUUGUGAAAGGGAGACAAGUAACUCACCAGACAGUUGUCACUACCAGCAGUAAAAUGCAGAGCUGAACCAUGGAGAGGAGGGAGGGAGCUGCUGACAGUGAGACAGUGUCACCAUUGCUAAUGCUUGUGAGAGGGACUGUGUGUGGAGACUCAGGCCGAAGAGUUCCUGUAUGGUUUAUUCUGUCUAACUAUGUCUAGCUUGGCAGAAUAGACGUGGUCACAGAAUGCUGAAAGUUAAGGACAACUCAAAUCACAGAGCAGAUGAUUAGUGGAGUAAUCAGAAGUUUACAAAGCUUAGGCUAAGGUGAAGCAGUCAGUCUCUAGUCCCUUUGUCAGACUUUGGGGAAGAUAGUUUGAAUGUUUCUUUUGAGACUUUAAGUGCUCAUUUGUUUUUCCUCUCACCUCCCUCCUCUUCUUUUAGUUGAAUUAUCUCUAGUGACAGUGACAAUCAGGUCUGCCAGGAUGGGACUCAGGCUGGUUUCAGCUCUGUCCUUAGGUCUCUCUCCAAUGCUCUCUCCUUGGAAGUAAUGCACUUUGCUUUAUGUAUUUUGCUUUAAAAAAAAAAACAAACAAACAAGUUGCUUGUUUGGAACAAAUAUGAGAUGCUUUGGCAUUGUAUCCUUCCUGCUUGCUGUUUUUCCUCUUAAUUUAAAAAUUCGUGCAUUGAAGACCAAGUACACUUAAGGAGAAAUAUGCACUAGAAUACCUAUUAAAAUAACUCCCAUCAAUUUUGAUGGUUAUAAAACUAUUUUGAAUGAA